AUGCCGCCCCGAGAGACGCCUCCGAGCAUCCCCAAGGAGGGAUUUGCAGCCUGGAUUUCAUUUCCACGCUCUCGGCCCUCGCCAGUCCCUCCUGGUCACACCGAUUCCCGGUUCUGGCACCCGCAGCACCUCCCGUGCCAGGCGCUGCAGCUCCAGCGGGGGCGACACGGGAGGAAAGCAGCGCUGGGUGUGCCCGGGAGAGCCCUGGGGAUGGAGCAGUGCCCCCCGGGCUGGGGGAGCAGCGGGAGCGCGGCCACAGCUCUGGCCGUGCCCCCCCAGGACCUGCCCUGGGCACCCGCGGGUGUCGGGCUGGGGAUCUGCUCACGGGGGCAGGGGCUGCCCGGCCCUUUCCAGUGGGACACGGAGCGGGCAGCAGUGGGCUGGGGACACCCGGAGCAGGCUCUCCAUGGGCCCCCGGCCCGGACCGGCCACAACUUCCAGUGCAAGCCAGAGCUGACAAAAGCAGAAGGGCAAAUCCUGGAGCCCAGCUGGCCAAGGCUGCUGGCGGCCAGCCCUCCCCUCCGGGCCGCGGAGCAGAGCCGCUGUGCCCGUGCCCGCCUGGCAUUAGCAGGCUGCUCGCGGGCUCGGCAGCGGCGGUGCCGCUCGGCCCCCGUUCCCAGACAGCUGAUUGAAGGGGGCUUUUCUUCUUUUCAUUGCUUCAUUAAUCUGGAGCAAUGCACAGCCUCUAAGUUGGAGUGGGCUGGGGCCGCCUGCGAGAGGACGCGGUGCCCCAGGACGCAGCAUCCUGUGAGGAGAGCUGCCGGAGGGGCGGGGGCUCUGCCGGAGCUCUGGCACCUGCCGGAGCUCUGGCCCCUGGUGCCGCAGCCCUGCCUGACCCCACCCUUUGGUUUUGCGUUGCAGCUUCCCUCCUUCGCCCGCCGCUCCAACAUCCUCACGGGGCUGCAGGACCCGGCCGUGGACACCAGGCCCAAGCUGGACCUUGGCUCCUCUGGCAAGAGCCAGCAGCACCAGUAUGAGCUCAACAGCAAGAAGCACCACCAGUACCAGCCCAACGGCAAGGAGAGCGGCAUGAAGCACCAGUCCCACAGCAAAGGGAAGUAUUACUACCAGCUGAACAGCAAGAAGCACCACCACUACCAGCCGGACCCCAAGAUGUACGAGCCCCAUUACCAGCCCAGCAGCAAAGAGCCGCAGGGCCAGGCCUGCUUGGACAAUAACAAGACCCCCCUGGUCGCCCACCCAGACAAGUGGGCUCAUGGCCCAGCCAAAACCUUGCUGGGCCCAGUCAAGAACCUCACAGCAGAGAGCAAAAAUGGAGCCGAGAAGAACCUGUCCAGUGGUACCGGGCCGCCCUCCCGGGACAGGGUGACCAGCAAUGGCCUUGGGGGAAAGAUGAAGAUCGUCAAGAACAAGAACAAGAACGGGCGCAUUGUGAUUGUGAUGAGCAAGUACAUGGAGAACGGCAUGCAGGCCGUGAAGAUCAAGUCCGGGGAGCCUCCCCGGAAGCGGGCUGCGGAGGAGAGGACUCCUAAGAAGGGUGGGGAGGAGAAGGUGGAGGCUUGGAGGAAGCCAGGGGAGGAGCGGGUGGUGAGCAGCAAUGCCCUGAGCAAAGCAGAGGGCGAGAGCCGGCAGCCCCCUGCGGAGCUGGAGGAAAGUCCCCAAAAGACUCCCGUGGCCAAGGAGCUGCCCCCUCCCCCAGCCGAGCAGCCCCUGCAGCUCACCACCAAGCCGGACCUCGUGCCCUGGUCGCUGAGUCCGGUGUGCGAGCACAGCCCUUCGUCCGUGGGACUGAACCUGUCCAGCGCCAGCUCGCGCAAGCGCUGCCUGUCGGAGCAGCAGGCGGAGCGGGAGCCGGGCAAGAAGCGCCUGACGUCCCGCAGCAUCAGCGCCCCCACCUGCCUCAGCCCCCCGCGCCCCGAGCGCUCCGCCACCUGA